CGUGCAGCGGUAACUCAUAAUUUCAGGUGGAACUAACUGUCGGUAGGUCUUAUAUCUGGUAGGAACACUUUUUGGGAACACCGGAGUCGCGCUCUCGAAGGAGAUUGCCGGGGAACAUGCCUAAGUUUUACUGUGAUUACUGUGAUACCUACCUUACACAUGAUUCGCCAUCAGUAAGGAAGACCCACUGCAGUGGCCGAAAACACAAAGAAAAUGUGAAGGACUACUACCAGAAAUGGAUGGAGGAGCAGGCUCAGAGCCUGAUCGAUAAAACAACGGCUGCCUUUCAACAGGGAAAGAUUCCUCCCACACCGUUCCCUGGUGGCCCUCCCCCAGGCGGUCCUCCUCGCCCAGGCAUGCUACCAACCCCCCCUAUGGGCGGUCCACCUAUGAUGCCCAUGAUGGGGCCUCCACCACAUGGAAUGAUGCCCGGUGGACCCGGAGGCAUGAGGCCGCCGAUGGGAGGACCCAUGCAGAUGAUGCCAGGACCACCACACAUGAUGCGUCAUCCUCGGCCCAUGAUGAUGCCAGUCAGGCCGGGCAUGAUGCGACCAGACAGAUAAGACCGGGUGGAUUUUCUGUGCUUUUUGUUGCCAUGAACAGAUACUGUCUAGUGAGGACGCUUGGGUUAACACUUGGAUUUUUCGACUUUUAAAAUUUUCAGAUGUCCAAACUCUUCAACCUCAAACCUGACGUCCCUGAUGUAAUUAUGUCAUUUUUGUAUAAUUACUUUAGUUUCUUGUGCCAGAAUUGUGGUAUUUAUUACUAUUCACCUCCAUUAGAAUUGAUUUCAGAGCCCCGUUCUUAAAGACCUUUUUAUUUUUUAUUAAACGUUCUCUCUUGUGUUAGUAUCAAGUUUGAAAUAUCUUGUCUCGCUUUGACAAACUGUUCAGCAAGCACAUUUAAAGAGCGCGUUUGAUAUGACAAUAUUUGUUACUAUAUUUUUACUUUUGUUUUAGGUUUUACAUGUUUUUUGUUAUUUCAUUUCAUUGCUUGGAGAAAUAAAACCGUGAUUUCAAACCUG